GCAUAUGAACUAGAUGCACAAAUGCAUUUUAUGCUCAAGGUGUUGCUUGUCAAAUAAAUCUCAUUUAUAAUUUUAUGCCGCGCACAACAUUUGUUUCUGCUAUUGAUGCAUCUCUUUAUAUUAGCUUUAUUGUUAUUAUUUUUUUUUUUUUCCAAUUCAUAUAUAAAUUGUCAUAUCGAUUGAUUAUGAAGGGCAGAAAAGGUUGAUUUCCCUUCAUGGAGCUGUGUCCUUGUUGAACAAGACAUUUAUAGGAAGAUCAUUGAAUUCAUGAAGCUGUGUCCUUAUUGAACAUGUUUUUUUAUAGGAAGAUCAUUGAACACAUGUCAGAUGCCUAUCAAACAUGAUAUCAAUGCUUAUAAUUUUGGUGCACUUCCCUGACAGUUUAGGUUAUAUAUGAGUAUAUAGAAUAAGUUGACUUGUAUCGAAUGAUGACUUCCUAUCAUCAAAUUCAGUUUUCUUCAGAUAUGAUACUUGUUAUACACUCUUUAUGACAUGUAUAGAACAUUCCUUAAACAUGUCAUGAAAGUUUGCCAGUUGUAAUUUCUUUGUGGUUAUAAAUUAACAGCAUCUUGUGUGGCCGACAAACAAUUCUUCUCGAUGAAGCUCAGGACCUGCCUUGUCGAAUACAUAAGAGAUGGCUCCUGCUGGGCAGUGCUCUUUCUAGUUCCAACACAUUAUACUGAUUCUUAAAAUCUUCAUGUUAAAAUACCAUGUGAUGUAAUGUAAAAGUAUUAGAAUAUCGGUUUCCUAAAAUAAAAUAUACUGCAGUACUAUCGAAUUAUCAACAACUAUAUUAUCAUUAAUAUAUUAUCUGUUAUGGAAAAGUCGACAGCUAUGAUCUAUGUAAUUAGAUUCAUCAGUCAUCUAUCCUUUUUUAAAUUUAUGUACCUGUGGCCCGUUCUACCAUACAGAUUAUAGUCAAAAUCUUUUGAGCAGCUUCUGGUGGAUGAGCAAUUUCUCGCAUAUUCUGGUGGCAAGAACAAUGCAUAUUUUGAUGGCUUUCCCAUUAUCAGAUGCUCGCAGUUUUGAACAUGAGGAUAUUUGCAAGAUUCUAGAGGCACAUGGUGGAACAGAUCCGGUGGAGCUUGAUGCCUCGAACCCUUGCUAUGAACUUGAUCACACAGAGGUUGACAUGGAUGAUUCAGUUCUUAUUGGAGAGGGAUCAUAUGGCGAAGUCUAUUUAGUGAAAUGGCGUGGCACAGAAGUUGCUGCAAAAACAAUUCGUUCUUCAAUUGCUUCAAAUGACAGGGUGAAGAACUGUUUCUUGAAAGAACUGGGCUUGUGGCAAAGGUUGCGUCACCCAAAUAUUGUCCAGUUUCUUGGUGUACUGAAGCAUCCUGAUCGUCUGAUUUUCCUGACAGAGUAUCUAAGAAAAGGAUCUUUGUAUGAAAUUAUGAAAAACAAAGGCAGGCUUGACCCUCUGACAGCAGUUGCUUAUGCAUUGGACAUUGCAAGGGGCAUGAACUAUCUUCACCAGCAUAAACCACAUCCCAUUGUACACAGGGAUUUGACGCCAAGAAAUGUUUUACAAGACGAGGCAGGUCGCCUGAAGGUUACAGAUUUUGGGUUGAGCAAGAUUGCUCAAGAAAAGGAUUCUUAUGGUUCAUAUAAAAUGACUGGUGGAACAGGAUCAUAUCGAUACAUGGCACCUGAGGUUUACCGCCGGGAAUCAUAUGGCAAAAGUGUAGAUGUCUUUUCUUUCGCUCUUAUAGUAUACGAGAUGUUGCAUGGGGGCCCUGCAAAUAGGGCAGAGUCACCAGAGGUUGUAGCAGACAAGCGAGCUUAUGAACAUUCUAGACCAUCUCUUUCGUCCGUUGCAUAUCCAGAAAAAAUUAAAUCAUUGCUCCGUGAAUGUUGGCACGAGAAUCCCCAGUUACGCCCCAGCUUUGAAAACAUCAUAAUCAAACUUGAGGCUAUCCAAGAAAUCCUUCAGGACAAGAAAUUUAUGAAAUUCUGUGUCAACCGCUGCUCCAUCAUGUAAUAAUGAGCCCUGUAGUAUGAGAUUGUUGCAAAAUUUCCGUAUACUUGUUUCAUUAUGAAACAUUGCUGUCAUUCCCUCACUUGGUUUGAUCAGAAUUCAUGGACUUUUCAUGUUCUUCUGAAACCAGCAUGCUGCAAUGUUUAGUUUAUCCUGUGUAGAACUGUACUUGUUUGUUAUUUAUCUUUUGCUGAGCAUAAUAUUUUAUGGGUUGAAUAGCA